AUGGACUCAAAUGCCGGCGAGAAGGAGGCCUUCGAUUGGGGAGUCGUCGGCGUGGAUCUUGACGACAUCGAGGUCCCCUUGACCAUCCCCAACGACACACCCGCCCAUUUGGCACGAGAUCCGCAGGCUCUUGCGAUGCCUUCGGACAGCGACUUUGCAAGCAUCUAUCGGCACCCCAUCGAUACGUCCAUCGAGUCGAUUUCCAUCUUUGACCGGUUCCCUGCAGCUUUUGAGUGCGAGAAACCCGACAACCUUGGGUCUCACCUUGCCCAUGGAGCCAGCGACAGUGCUUCCGUCUUCUGCCAACUCCCCGAACCUCUUCUUGCUGAGCAGGAUCGGCUUCCAUAUUCUUGGAUGAUCCAGAAUCCAGGAAAGAUAUCUGAGGCUCUCUGCGGCAAUUGUCCUCGCCCAGCAUACAUCAAACCCAGGCCAGACCACAACUCUCUUAGCAACGUUGACGGCGAGACGCACAUGGAAGUGGAGUUCAAGCGAGGAAUUCUGGAUCCCUACGAAUACUUCUUUCGGGCUACUGCUUUGUCUUGUAUCAUGGGCAUUAACAGCAUAGGAUUAAUGCAUCCUACUCUUCUCGCAACCCUCAUCGGUCGACUCUUCAAUGGCGAAGCUCGCUUCCUAGACGUGUUCAACAGGUUCUUCAUGCCUCCAGGAUUCCGCAUCGAGCCCACGACCCGGCGUGCCUUUGUACACGAUUGUCUUCUCCAGAUGGGCCACCACCUCGACACACACCCGAUCCACGCGCGCGACCCCAACUUCAUCAUGCUGAACAAGAUCGUGCGCUACUUAGAUUUCAGCCGGGUCCACAACGGGAUCCGCAUGGACGAGAUCGUCGGCAGGCUGGUCUGCACCUCGAACGGACGAGAGUUCAAGCCCGUCCCCGGCGGCCACAUGAUGCUCCACCGCCCGAAGCUGACACCCCUUUUCCUGAGCCGACGAGGCGAGUGGUGGCCUUUCAAGAACAUCCCUUGGCGCGAGGCGGACCCGCUGGGCCUGUACAGCACGCGCAAGGCGAACAAGGGCAACUCCGGCGGCACUGUGGACCCGCGGAUUCUGGGUGCCAGGGGCCUACAAAGAACCUGA